AUGUCGGGCCCAUCACCCAGGCCCUCGAUCGCGAACCAUGAUCGCCCGGAACCAGGUCCAAGCAUGACCAAAUUUUCCGAUUCCAGCCACAAACGCAACAUCUCCUUCGACGAUAAGCCACGAGUGCCAGGCGCGCGCCGCAAAUCCAUCCAGUUUAAUGUGGGCUUCACUGAAACCCAGCUGCCCUCCCGUUCGUCAAGUUUCAGUAAGCGAAGGCCUGACGGAGAAGCGCAAAGAGAUUUUGAGCUGGUGGAGAGAGAGCAGCGGCCCCUAUCCACCGCGAUUAGAGUGCCGUCUCCACCGCCACCCAAGACUUAUGAGCGCGGGGUUUCGUUCGACACAUUUGACAAUCGCGAUGCCGCCGACUUCUCCUUGACACUGAAUUACAAACAUAAAGGCUAUCAGAGUACCCGUCGCAGCCGGACUUUCCUAUGCGGUACUGACCAGAAUGAUUACUCCGAGUUUGCGCUCGAGUGGUUGCUUGAUGAAAUGCUAGAUGAUGGGGACGAGAUUGUUUGUCUGCGCGCGGUGGAAAAGGACUCGCGCAUGGCGAGUGAUGCCUCCAUCAUAGAAGGCAAGUACCGCGAGGAGGCCGAAAAGUUGUUCGAGUCUGUGAUCCGGAAGAACAGCCAAGAUGAAAAGGCCAUCAGCUUGAUCUUAGAAUUGGCCGUCGGAAAAGUGGAGGACAUAAUCCAGCGCAUGAUCCGCAUAUACGAGCCUGCCAUGCUGGUUGUCGGAACACGCGGCCGAAACUUGAAGGGUGUUCAUAGUCUCCUGCCAUCGGGCUCGGUCUCCAAAUGGUGUCUUCAACAAUCGCCCAUUCCCGUGAUCGUCGUACGCCCAUCUCCAAAGCGCGAGAAGAAAAAGAAGAAACGGCGCGCAGACCCAGCUCGAAAAAGUUACAACCAACUUCUGUCACUGAGUGUGAAGCGUGGUGGUCGAAUCUUCGACGAAAGCUGGAGUGCAGAGAGCACCGCCUCUAAACUCCCUGAUGAGGAAGCUGCCGUCGCUGAAGCACUGGGUCUUCCGGCAACUUAUUCCGUUGCUGGCACGUCGCGAAGCUCUUUGUCGGUAUCGGACCGUAGCAGUAUUACCUACCUCGACGACUCGGAGAAUCCUCAGUCCCCGGUACCAUAUUCACUUGAUUCGGUCUUGAUGAAGAGUCCGUUGGUCAGGAGCCCCGCUAGUUCAGAAGAAAGCGUGGGUACAGAGCCAAAGAGAUCUUCAUCGCCAUACCCGCGCAGUGAAUCUGAGCGUGAGCGUGAGCGUGAGCGAGAAAGUGAACAGGAACAUGAACAUGAACCGCCGUCACCUCUAUCCGAAGACUCUUCUGACGAAUCACACGUAACAAACGAGUCAACACCAAAAAUCCCAGCUCUCCCACGGCGAGUGUCCAUACCCUCCAUUGAAGUCUCUGAUGGCAGCAACAUCUAA